GGACACGGAUAUUAUGUGGAAAUUUUCAUUGGGACGCCUCCCCAGUCUUUUAAUUUCCUGAUUGACACAGGCAGUAGUAACUUCGCCGUGGCCUCCAAGCCGCACCCAUUUCUUGAUAGAUAUUUCAAUUCUUCACUAUCAUCGACCUUUAACCCCUAUCCAAACAAAAUGGUGCACCUACCUUACGUUCUAGGGGAGUGGAGGGGUUUUUUGGGUCAAGAAAUAAUUAGGCUACCAACGAUCAAAAAUAUAAGCAUAGAGACGACAAUGUCAUUCAUUACGUCAUCAAAUGAUUUUUUUCUCUAUGGAGGAAACUGGCAAGGAAUUUGGGGCCUUGGCUAUGACGAACUUUCACGUGACGAGAAUUUCGGCGGCAACGGUGUAACGUUGUGGGAUUCUAUCGUCAGACAGUUACGCAUUGAAGAUGUCUUCAGUUUGAAUUUGUGUCAGGAGCAUGGAACUAUGGUUGGUUGGUUGGUUGGUUGGUUGUUGUUAGGCGGCAUAGACAGUGAAGACUUUGUGGGCAACUUACAUUACGUUUCCCUGCGUAAGGAAUGGUACUACGAGGUAGUCAUUGUCGACCUGUCGUUAGGGGGGGCCAGUUUAGGGAUGGACUGUAAAGAAUACAACUACAACAAAUCCAUCGUAGAUAGCGGUACGACUAAUCUACACCUGCCUAAUGCUGUCUACAACGAAUUAGUGCAACGACUU